AUGGACGCAAUUCAAGUCACCACUGGUCUGCUGCUUGUUUUGAGUACAAUGGUUCAAGCAGAAGACAAAGUAGCAGAUACACACCCAACAAAAUCAAACAGAAAGAUACCUGAAGGCUUUUACCUUUCUUCAAAUGCUAUUUACGCAAAGAAUGGCACUGAAGUUAUUGAACUCGACAAUGUUACAUUUACUGGAAACGUGUUAACAGAAGCUGAACUUUCCCGCUUCAGUUUCGACGAGAAAUGUUCUCGCGGUCUUCCCUUGUCCGCAUCGUGGCAGUACUACGGACCGUACUCGAAACCUUCAAGACGUGGCAGUCAAAUAGCCGUGGAGGGCAUCUUUCCUCACAUGAUAAACAAAAUGCUCCACGUUUGUUGCAACAGCUCCGCGACUGUAAAGUUUGGAAAGAUUUUGGAUUCCAUUCGUGGACUGGAAGAACAACUAGACCAUCCAGACAAAGCGUAUGACUUUAGUUUUCCCAUCACGGGUAUGAGUCUGGAAGACGUAGCGUUUAAAGACAUGCCAUAUAUACCCUUUGUUCAAGCGCCCAGAGUGGCGCUACUUGUUCAUGAAACGGCCGAAGACAACAAAACAACCCAGCUAAUGAACACGGUGUUUAAAGCCUGGCCCAUCCUCAUAUUCAUACUCGUCGCUGCGACGCUGUCGGGAAUCAUCAUUUGGCUUUUGGUAAGUUUUGUUUCUUUUUUUACUACGAUUUUCUGAAAGCCUCACCGCCUUUAUCGUUGCUUCCUUUUUCAUCAAAUUUUGUCAUUCCUGCCAUAUUUGAAAUUUUUGUUUACAAGCUCUGUGCUAUUGCGGGCAAAAACUCGUGCUAGUUUAGUUAGAUUUCUAAAUUAGUGAUAAAUGCUUUUCUUUUUCUAUACGCUGUUGCAAUCGUUAUCGAAAAUGUCUCCUUACGAAUAUCUACCAUGGCAUUAGAUUUCAGAUAUUGGUGGUGAGACAGAUAAUAAGAUUUGUGCACACGGUUUGGUAUUAAAAUGAUUUUAGUCGACUCUGCCUUGAGCAACACUUUCCUUAACUUGAAUAAAUGCACGAUAUGUGCCUUUUUUCUUUAUCAAGGGAUACAUCGCAUAACCAAUUUCGAUAUGAGACGUAUAUAUUUUUGCUCAUUCUUAUCAUCGCUGCCCUAUCUUAAACGUGUGUCGUGUAAAUCGAAUUGCAACACUUCGUGUUUUAAUUUGGAAGACGGAAUUUUUCUUGGGUAUUCAUUCACAUUUACAUUUUGAUAAUGAAAACCACGAGGAAAAAAAAACUACGAAAUUAUAUCAGUCUAUUAAAGUUUCAUAUCAAAGACAGAAUUUCACCUGCUUUUGGUCAAACUAUUAUAUGUAAUGUUAAUAUUUAAACUGUCCAAUUACUCCAAGACCAUCAGUCUCGCUACAAUGUCUUUGUAACCUGACGGUUAUAUUAGCGUUUUAAAUCUGGCUCUAUUCUGUUUUAAGAAAUCCUAUUUGUGGUACUUAUCCUAAUUCGCCUCUUAAGGUCAGUGUUAAUUGCGCACUAAGACGCUUAGCGUCAUGGUAAGCGAUUAACAUUGAACUUCAUCGCAUAUUGACAACAUCGCUUCGUUUUCUUGGUAACGCAGCUGGUUCAUCGGUAAACAUUACUGACCUUCUCUUGUGUAAAAUACCAUGAAUGCAUUCAAAACAAUCGUGGCUCUCUAAAAACUCUAUCUGAUGAAUAUUUUAAAAAGGUUGCACUAGUCUUUAACAUCAACUUAGUCCUUGAGCUUACGCGAUCUUGAAUUAAGCCUGUAUAUAAGUAACCUCAAAAAGUUGGUGGGUGAUUUUAAAAUUUGCAAGUCUCAUUUUUUUGACCCUGUUGUGCUGGAGCUUUUUCAUCACGCUUUAUACUCCUUUGAAGGCGUUAAAAAUAAUUGUGUAUCACGAGGUUCUAUGAUCAUAAUGUGAGAGUAGACGGGAAUAAAUAUCCAGCUAAUUAUGAAAAUUCAUCACCGAAAACUGCAAGCUAGCACUGAAUAUCACUUUUUUUGGGUAAUAAACUAAAAAUUUGCAGGUUAAAGUUUGUUUCCAGUACAUGGUCAAUGGAACGAUAAGUGUUUUUUGUAACCAAUAUUCCCUUUGAGGUAGACUGAAGGCAUGUAAUUCGUGGUCAAAACAUAAGCUUAUCGAAAUUUUCUGAAAGUUCUAAGGACAUAAGCAAAGGCGGAGAUUGGUAGUUCAUUGUCGGUCAACUUUCUAUAGUGCCCCAGUUAUACUCUGUUGGCGACGACUGAUCCUCCCCUAUCCCCUUGAAAUAACAUUUGGUCCCCAAAUAUCUUCCAUUCCCCACUCUCUUCCCCCGGCGAAAAAUAAUGACUGUUCCCUAAACAUCACACACUUUCACCCGACAGGACCGUCUCAAAAACCCAGAUGAAUUUCCGCGUCCGUUUAUCAAUGGCACCUGGGAAGGCUUUUGGUGGGCGUUCGUCACCAUGACCACUGUUGGGUGAGUGAAAAACUACGAAGAUCCACAAUUCUUUUAUCUUAAGUAUCAUAUUUCACUUUAUAUAAUAAAUUAUUAUCUAAAGAUAAUAAGUCAAAAUCAGGCACUGAUAGUAAAAACAUACCUUUGCUGUUUAGGUAUGGUGACCGUGCACCCAAGUCAUUUUUGGCGCGAAUCUUUUGCAUCGUCUGGAUUCUGGUGGGAAUAAUAAUCAUAGCCAUUUUCACCGCCAUUGUAACAGCCUCGUUAUCAGCCAGUAUCCAGCAUCAUUUCAUCGUUCAUGGCUCAGUGGUAAGACCUAAAUUAGAUAUAAUGAAUGUCUUAAUUAGCCAUUCUCCAAGUUUAUAGCUACUUUUAAUUGAGUUUCGAAAACAGUUAGGGAAAAAAAUUGUUUUGCUUCAGUUCGCUCUGUGAUUGGUCUAUUGGUCGCCCCUCUAUCAACCAAUCAGAUGCAAAACCAAAAUCGAGACUUGGUCACUUGUGUGUCUCCGCGCUUUAGGCAGGUUUCUUGUCUUUACUUUGACUGCUCCUUUGGACAUUUUCUUUGCUCUGAUUGGCUGCUGCGAUUAAAUUGAUUUUGGUUUCACAACAUUCCCGCCAUCGAACUGCGCCCAGAUUAUUAACAAAACGUGAACAAUUUGUAUUUGCAGAUCGGGGCAGUAAACGGUAGUGAAGAGUAUCGCCUUGGAGUAAGCUUAAAUGCUGACAUGAAACGUAAGUGUUAAAUACAAAUUCAUUUAAAUUCCCGACAAUUCUAAUAGUAAUAAUAGUAAUAAUAAUGAUAAUAAUAAACUAAAAUCUCGCUAUCACAAGUUUAAGUCUUAAAUAAAGUCAAUGAGAGAAAUACAAUUCACGUAUAAACUCUUAGUUCAUGGACAUGCUGUGCAUUUUAAACACCAUUACGCCAUUGCUAAAAUCAACCUCGUACUGAAAACGUAAGGUUUGGUCUGCUACAUUCGACUGACUGCUGGGUAGCUGUCGAGUCGAUUUAACAUUGUAUUGAACACUCUCACGAUUAUUGAUUCACUAAACGGCACUGGCGUUUGGCAAAUUAAUGUAUUGCUUGAUUGACUGACUGAUGGAUUGAUGGAUAUUAAUGACCCAAGGUUCCGCUGAUCUCAUGACUGACUGUCUCAUAAACUGAUCAACCGAUUCAUUGACUGAAACCAGACAUUAGUUUUUUUUCUGAUCGAUUAAGUUAUAAAUUUAUUAAUUGACUUGUCAACUACUGACUGCUUGAUUGAUUGUUUGAUUAGCUGACUAAUAAUUUCCUCAUUGAAUGAGUGAUUGAUUGAUCGAUUGAUUGAUUGAUUAAAUGACUGUCUGACUCAUUGAUUGCUUGCUCACUCAAUCUAUCCAUCUCCCAUUUUAUCCCAGCUUAUCAUGCCAUACCAAAGAUGAAUUCUGACCUGUUGAAAGAGAGAUUAAAGGGUUCUCUGAUAGACAACUACGUACUUACUUACUACAGUAAUUUUGUGAAGGAUAACGACGAAGUUCGGAUAGAGACUGCCUUUGAACACGCGAUUACUUAUGGUCUGGCAAUUCGAUCAAACGCAUCAUCACCUCGGUUGGAAUGUUUCCGGCGGUAUCUACGGAAUCACCCCCAAGAGUCGUUUGAAAUCAUCGCUAAGAACCUUGAACCACUUAAGGUACAGUUUGAGGCUGGGGAAAAAUGGUCACACUGAUAGUUAAAAUUUUUUUCAAAACUGAAUCAGACACUCGGGCUUUAAAAUCACUUCCGCAAGGAGUACGAACGAUGUUUUACCCCUCGCCGUCAUACUGUAGAAUUCAUGGUUUCAGGAUUUAAGUUUUACAAAGGGAUUAUCUAUGAUACUUUUUCACUUUGAAAGACCUAUGAAAUAACAUUGACAUGCUUGUUGAGCUAUCAAUUCAACUCAUAAAUAAGCUACAAAAGUUAAAAAGGUUUAAUCUCAUUAACGAAAACAGUAUUGCAAAAUCACACCGUCUUUCAGUAAUACAACGUAUCAAAGGAGUGUAGUUGUAAAUUUAGCGUUCUCUGGUGUAAAGUUUGGUCUAUGAUUUCCGACGGCUUUUCAUUAAUGUAACUGGUUCGAGCAGUUUUCAGCUGGGUGUCAGAAUACCUAAGCCCACCUUACUCUUAACCCUUUACACCCUAACAUCAGGAUGCAUUUUCUCCCUACUGUUCUCUAUGCAUUUCUUAGGAUACUGACAUGGAGAAUUUUUUGAACAAUCAAAAGCUUUUUUAAUUGGUGAUCAUUUCCUCUAUUCUCAUGACCUAAAUGUGUGAUUUAGCGGUGAUGCCGCGAGGAGAAAUUAUACGCUGAUCACUCUUAGAGGCCAAAGGGUCAAAGUAAAUGGGAACAAAUUCAAAAUAAACGGACAAACCAGAGGAGAGAAUGAAAAUAAUCAAUUACAGCACCAAGCUAAGCCACCGUUGGUUUUGCCUUACAGCGUUCACGUCAAAAUUAUUUGCUUUCCAAACAGCCUCACUUUCGAACUGAGGCCUCGAUAAAAAAAAACCUUUUUGUUAGAAUACAAUUAAAAAAACCUCUCCAUAGCUAUAGUGUCGCUUCAAUUCGCGUCUUAACCCUUGAACUCCCAAGAUUUCAUUAUUAAUUCUCCUUACUGUCUUCCAUAAAACUCUUAUGAUGUCAAUUUGGAGAAUUUGGUAUUGGAUCAAUUAAUAAUCCCCUAAUUGAUAUUUUCUUUAUUCUCAUCACUUCUAUGCUUGAUAUUGUAUUGGAAUUGUAAGGAGAAAUUCUCUCUUACUCACUCAUGGGAGGUACAUGGUCAAAAGAGAGGCUUUCAGCAUCUCGGAAAUAAGCUUUGAAAUGACUGUUCGAACACGACAUUCUAUCUUAUCAAAUUGUUCUGUUUUGCUUUUUCAUUUUUUUUUUUUAACAGAAUCCCACUGAUGAAGUAAGCCAAGAGGUAAAAGCAUCCGAAGGACUUUUCUUUUUUAAAGAAGAAGCCUUUCAAAACGUGCUUUUCAUCCUGAUAGGGGUGCUGGGAUUUCUUCUACUCGUUGGAAUAGCCUGGGAACUACUUUAUCAUCGACCCAAGCGACGUAAGAGCUUUUCUAUUUUUAAUUUCCUUUACUGAAAUUUAUGUUUUCUUUAAUACAAAAAUGAGGAAAAUUCAGUGAGAUUUCUGUAUGACAGUCAUUUUGAGAGCGAUUUUCUGAGAAACCUAAAAACCUUCCGAAUUUUUCCGCGCUGCAAACCUAUCCUGUGAGAGAAUCCGUUUUGUUUUCUUUUAAAAAUUUACUCGUGCUUAUUAACACUAAAUUGCAUUCGAAAUCAUAUUAUUGCCUCUCAUUUUAGCUAUGUUACUCCCUGGUUCUCACAGUGAUUUUCUUGGAUCGUUUCCUUAAUUCUUCUUGCCUGCCUUCUUGCUAGUGUACUUUGUAUAUAUGGGGAAUUGAUAUGCCGAUCAGACAAAAAAAAAACACAAUUUAAUUAGAUACUUGUUCGAUACUGAUUUUUCGUGUCGCAGGUCAAAAGAGUAAGGCUACGGAGGACGAAAGUGCAAUUAUCUCGUUAACUCCUGCACCAAACAGCUGUGACUGUCAUGAAAUGUUCCUCAGUCAUCAAACAGUACAAACUAUCAAGUACAAAUCCGCAAAGAUCAAAGAACUCAUCCGAGAAUACGAGGAGUAUUACGAUGCCUGGUUACAAAGGGUGCGAUCCGUUGAGCACGAAGGAAAUGGCAUAACGCCACAAAUGGUGUGA